UUCAUACGGCUGCGGCCCGCCACUACGAUCUGACUGUGAUAACGUAGCAAUCAUGUACGCCCUCCAAGUCGGCGUGUUGGCGAGCCUGUGUGUACUCUCCCACUGCCUUCCACCGGAUAAGAUGCAAUUGUUUCACAUCAUAAAAACAAGGAGUAUAGAUCUGAACAACGCACACGGGUUGACAAUUGAGAGUAGACUGGAGAAGUCGGUCGAGCCUACCGGAUACCGGCUAGAAAUUGAGCCGUAUUUAGAAGACGCACUCUUCAAAGGUCACGUGAGCAUCAAUGUCACGUGGCUGGAGGACUCCAGCACGAUCACCGUUCACUGCGCUCACGAGCUUGAAAUCACUGAGUCGGAAGUCAAGGCCUACAUACCUAGUGACUCGAAAGUGCCCCAAAAGAUUGCAAUAAAGAAAACAUCAAUGGAUCCAAGGAAGCCGAUCUUCACCCUCCGUCUGGAGAAGUCGGUGCCCAAAUCAACCGUGGGCCAUUUAAACUUCAGCUUCAAAGGGAACAUGCAGACUGGUAGUACGGAGGCGUUCUUCAAAUCAACUUACUAUACGAACCAGGACGUCGAGCGCAUAGUAGCGGGCACUCAACUCCGGCCAACAAACGCACGGAGGAUGUUUCCAUGUUUCGACGAGCCAGGUUACAAGACUAUUUUCGAAGUGAGCGUUGUUCGACCGAGGACUAUGCUCGCUCUGAGCAAUACACCUGUCGCAAAGACUGAGGAUAUCAAUGGCGAACCAAAUGCAGUCUGGGACCACUUUCAGAGGACACCUCCCAUAUCGACGUUCACGCUUGGUCUUGUCAUCGCGGAUCUAAAGCAGCAGGGGGAAAAUAUUGUAUAUAUGGAUGACAUUGGAAAUAAGAUUGAGCUCCGCGUAUUAGGCCGACCCGAGUACUUGCAAGCUUUAGAAGGCGUUAAUAAGAAAGUUCUGCGAGUGAUCACGCAGGUGGCAUAUCUAUGGCAGGUGCCCCUACCUCUUACUCGACUGGACAUCGUAGCUUUGCCGUACUAUCAAGGAGUGAAACCAGUAGAUAAUUGGGGGCUGAUUAUUUUCAAGGAGAGUGAUCUGAGCAACCGUGGUUACCUGCAACUGGCGCAAGAGAUCUCGUACCAGUGGCUCGGCGGUUUGGCGACACCUGCCUGGUGGUCUGACGCUCACAUCAAUAAGGCGCUUGUCGGAUACAUGGCUGCGGCGGUCGCCUACACGAUAAACGACGGUUCGGAGAUGGAGGGCAAGUGGCCGAUGACAGUACUCUACUCGCUGUACUACGAGUUCAGCAAGCGGUACCCGCACUCCCGGAUCACGGGGAUGAAGCAAGAGACCGCCUGCACGAAGAUUGAGCUACUGUUCCGCAUGUUCAACUACACCCUUGGAGCACCCACGUUUACGAAAGCGCUGAAGUCAUUCAUGAAGUUGAAACAAUUCAAGACCUUCACCGGCGAUGACAUCUGGAAGGCGCUGCACGAGGCGGCGAUCGAAGACAGCAGAAUACCCAGCGACGUGGACAUCAAGACUGUGGCCGCGAGCUGGAUUGACAAGGACAGGUUGCCGCUUAUCACCGUCAAGAGGAACACCGAUACCAGCUCUGCUAUGGUCUCCCAGAAAGUUUAUCUGCGUGAACGGCCGCACGAUGUCCCGGACGCUGAUAAGAUGCUGUGGUGGGCACCGAUCGUGGUGUGGCGCAGCGAUGAUGAGAACUUUACCAACAGCACCCCCAUCACAUGGAUGAGGAACCACAGGGAUCUGAACCUUGUGAAUAUGCCGGACAAGGAGCACUUCAUCAUUGUCAAUCCUGAGGAGAUUGCUCCAUUUCCUGUAAACUACGACGAUCAUAACUGGAACCUAAUAUCCAAGUACCUUCAAAGCGAAGACAGGACCAAAAUACCUGAGCUUACUAGAGCAAAAUUACUACACGAUGCUUGGAACUUGGCUUAUGCUGGAGAGCUGUCUUUUGCUACAGCCUUGAACAUGACGCUUUUCCUAAAGCAUGAAAGACACCAUUUGGUCUGGGAUCCAGUGUUUACCAUGAUAGAUCACCUUGGGAGGCACAUAUGCUCUUGCAUAGAUGAUAAAUUUCGGGCUUAUGUGCGAAACCUACUCACCCCACUCUACGAUGAACUGAAAAAAGACGUGAGGGACGACGAAGAAAAUUGGAGGAAGAGUCUACGUUCGUCCACCAGGAAUUUCCUCUGCAAGGCGGGCUACAAACCUUGCAUACUUGAAGUCCAAGAACAGUACAGCAAAUGGACGGUAGACCCUAAUCCUGAUGAAGGAAACCCUAUAUCCAACCAGUACUUCUGCCCAGUAUUCAGAUGGGGAACGCAAAAGGAGUGGGAUUUUGGUCUACAAAGAAUAAUAUGCUUCCCACCAUCCAGAAAGCAGAGUGAAAGGACUUUUCUGUUAAAAACCCUAGCAGGAUGCCCACGGGACGAAUUCAAGAUUGAAAAGCUGCUGAACGUAACAGUACUGGAGGAAAAUGGGAACUUCACUGAAACUGACAUGUUCCUAAUCUUUAGUAUGCUAACCGGUAGCUCGCAGGGAUAUACAACGUUGUUUAAUUUCCUUACAAAAAAUUGGGUGAUUCUCAAGGAAAAGUACUCAAGUAGAACUAACAUCUGGGACAAUAUGAUAACCGCCGCCACAGCCCAGUUCACAACACAGGAGGGUCUUGACUUAGUUACAAAUUUCUACGUGGAGCAUCAAGGCGAGUUCGGAUCCGCUGAACACAUCAUAGAGAAGUCCAUGAGGAAUAUAAGGGAGGAGGCCAAGUGGUCGGCGGACAACCUACCCGUUAUCGAGAAAUGGCUGGACAAUUAUCUGGAAGCUGCUAAGAAGAACGAAGAUUAGUAUAAGAACUGCGAUUUGCACACGAAAGUUGGUUAGUUGGUCAACAAGAGCCAAACAACACAAACAAAAUGUUUACUUUCCUCUCCGGCUUCAGGCGACACUGAUCUGUUGAGAUAGGAUGCGCGCAAAAAGAGUUAUGUCUUCCUAUUAUCUCGUCAAUAUCUAUAAAAAAAAUACGAGUAAUGGGUAGAGAUAACUAUCUCAUGGUGCGCAGCCUUACUGGAAUGCUUAGCUUAGCUCACGUCCGAAAUCAAUAAUUCAUGAUUAAAUAUUUUCUGUUCGAAAAAUAAAUUCUCUUCCUACAUUACGGUGUCCAUAAGAAUAUGGAUAGCUAUUCUUAUCUCUCUUUUUUUUUUAGAUUUUGGGUUAAAUUGAUUAUUAACUUAAAGCGUUAAUCAGUGUCGGUUAUUAACUGUGUUUCUACUGUAACUGUACCGUUGCCAAUGUAUUUGCAUCAUAAUACUGUUUAUUAACUGUAUAUAUAUUCAUACACUGUUAUUAUAGUUAAGUACGUCAUGUUGAA